CAGUUCUGUCAUUGCGCAUACACGCCCAUUUUUCAGCUUGUAAACCUCGAAUUUGGUGAUAAUAUAAAUGCAGGGACGAUGAUAAAAUAGUAGGCCUCCACAGCGCUAUUUUGAUUUUCAGACAAAUGCUGCAUUUAAUGUGGAUGAUGCAGGUGACAGGUUACAGUCAUGGUUACAGUAUGCUACAGUGUAGCCAUAUUUCGCUUAGCGCUUCUUUAUGGUAGCCUAACUUGUGUGACAAAUCGUCUUUCGCAGAAAUUCCUAUUGUGAUGAUUUCAGAUGUUACAAAUGUGUACGUGUUUGGAGUCAUAUUCUCUCUACAAUAAUAUGUGAGGCUAUAUGGCAUACAAUUGCACGGCUCAAUCGGCUAUCCUUGCGCUCAGAAAACCACCUCUGCUCGUAUUUAAGACUCGACAUUAUUUCAUUGUUAUUGAUCAGAUUAAGCGAAUACUGAUAUACAAAUAAGAUAAAUGUGGCCGUUUACUUCAUAUCAGUUGAAUUUGCAUAUAGACUGGUCGUUUACAACUUCCUGUUUGACCGCGGUUAUCUACGGCACAGAGCCUGAACUGGAAUGUAAAUAUGGUCAGUCUACACUGAUGGCAUUGCUGCGUAGACUAACCUGUUCAUGCAACAGGAUAAAUAUGAAUAUGUAGGAGGCCAGGCAUUUAGCCUAGGCUGUGUGCUACUCGAAGUAAAAGUGGCCGUUGGGAAGCAUGUUUAUAACGCUUAAUACGUUGUCCAUCUGCAAUCUGUUUCUUUGAUGAUUCCUUUCCAUUACGCAUCGUUGGAAUGAGAGGUCAUGCAUGGACACUGUUGACAGAUUCAUAAUCACUCUUUAAAUGGGUCGACUGGUCCCAUAACCUCCUGUUACCAGACCCACAAAAGAGAUGGACAGGGAGCCCAAUAGACAAUCUGAAACGGAGAAAAGAGAAAGUCCAGCUCAAAGUCCAACUGUAAAUCCCGCUAACCAGCCCAAAGCGAGCAACCCCUCCAACCAGGCCAAUGGCAACAGCUUCUCCAUUCAGACAAAGAUCAACAAACCUCCCAGCCAGACGAAUGGCAACAACCUCCUCAAACAGCCCACUGGUAAAAUUCUUCCCAGCCAGGCCAAUGGCAACCAGAGCAGCACUUCAGUUCACACCACAAUCACCACGUUCCACACGACCCCCACCCCGACUGACCAGAAAGUUGUCCAGGUGAUCCACCAGCCCAGUCGCCAACCAAGAGGGUCGGCUGCACAGCUGCUGCAUCAGAUGUAUACAGUCCAGCAGCAGCAGAAACAGCAGCAGCAUGGCUCGUUUCAUGCAGCAGCUCAGCAACAACAACAUCAACAGCAACAGCAGCUACAGCAGCAGAAACGGCAAAGCCAUCUGCCAGCUGCACAGCAGGUCAGAUUGUUUGGGGACAAGAUGCCAUCUUUGUCAUCACCAACCAGCGAAGGAACGCCUGUGUCAUCACCACAGCAGUCUCCCAAACCAGUCACAUCACCCAGUUCUCCUGGGUCUACACACAUGGUCCGAGCUUCCCAGAGUCCUAUCCCAGUGACUGCUAACCAAAGGAUAGCCUCGCACGCUCUGCUCCUGGGGAAAAGCUCUUGUACCAGUCCUGCCCAAAUGCUGUUGAGAGCACAAAUGCUGAUCUUGACCUCCACAGUGCGGCCUGAGCUGCCUGUCCUGUCCUCUCCUUCUCGAUUUUCCUCCUCACAGCUCCAGAGCCUGACCCUUCGUCCGCCGCCACCAGGAACUUUGACAAUCCCGCCAAAUCUCCCGCUCAAAGCCUCGGCCACCAUCCCACCAUCGGCAGCGCCUCGUCCGAGGGCCCCCAUCGCCCCACUGAGGCUCAGCCAGACGCCCGCUGGUCACGGGAGAGAGGCGUCAAAAGUCGGCGAUGGCUGUCCCACGUCUCCCCAAGCUGGGGCGAAAACGCCACCCGUGCGUCACCUCACCGUGCCACCUCCAUCCCUCUAUAGCCCAGUACAAUCUCAUGCACUGGCCAAACACAAAGCCAGUAGCCCAGGCAGCCUUAAACGAUCUCAUAGCCAGACUUCCCAGCAGCCUGCCAGCCUCCAGAACCACACCCCUCCAAGCAGUCCCCAGGGUCCCACACCAAAGAAGCCCUUGCCAGUGUUAUAUCGCUGCCCCUCCGCCCCGGGCAUGCCCACUCAAGCAACAUCCUCCUUUCUGCCCUCCAGUCCCUCUGUCACCACAGAGAGAAGCCAGACCACUACCACCACGAAUGCCACCUCUCCCACUUUGAAAGCCUUACCCUUGGGGAGCACGACCCCCGCCUCGGAGCGGUCGCUCUUGGCCUCCAAGCAGCUGUUGAAGAUCGCUCUGUCCUCAGCCUCUGUUCAGAUGGCCAGCAACCCGUCCAAGAUGGCUGCCAUCGCAACAUCUCGGGAUUAUAUCCAAUCCAAGCCACUGUCUCCCAUGUUUUCUCGACCUAUCAAACUGGACUGCCAAGGCCACUCCCCGCAAAGGAGCUUGGGCCAGCCGCUGAACCAGAUUUCCCCCGUGCCCACUCAGAUCUCCCCAGUCCCAACAACCACACCAAAAAUCCCCUCUCCUAUCCCCUCGCCUCAGAGACCAUGCCCUCCCUCCCCAAUUCUCCCUCCUGGACUCCUUCCGAGUGGCGUCCAGAAACCUCCAAAGUCACCUGUGGCGUUACACCACCCAACAACCCCCACUGAAAGGCUGCCAAAAGAACAGAAGAAAGUGAUAGCGGUAGAGGGGAGGGGGACAGACCCAGUAGUGGAGAGACUGACGCCUCUGGCCCAGCCUCUGAAGACAACCAUACUGGACAAACCUGCCACUCUUACAACAAACUCACAAACUCUGAACUCUACCCCAGCUGGAAAAGCUUUAGACUUCACCCUAUCUGAGCCCCCUUGCUCAGGAGAAUCCCAGGGCAAAGCACCAAUAAAGAAUAUACAGAAGAGCCCUCAACCACCAACAGCAUCGCCUCCAGCACUUCCUGUGCAUCCUGGGGAUCAUUGCGAGGACAUAUCCACUCAAUCAGACAAUCACUCAGCUGUGUCCAGUCUCUCGUCAGAUUUGUCACCUACCCAGCCGUCUGUGGUCCCCCCAUCGGAUGACCCCCUGGUACCCAGUGCCUCUCCCUCAACCCUCACACCCCUGCUGGGACAGAACCCCAGUCCUUCCCCCUCAUCCGGCUCCACAACAACACCAGAAAACCAGGAGAAACCAGAAGCCCCAAAGCCAGUCAUUCUGACCCACCUGGUUGAUGGCUUCAUCAUUCAAGAGGGACUACAGCCUUUCCCGGUCAUUCGGUCAUCCCUGAUGGUGGACCAGUCAGGCCGAAAGAUUGAAAGUGCUAUGAAUGGACUGAAAGAUCCUGAACCAUUCCACUGUAUGGAACCAGCAGACAAUUCCUCUGACACAGAUGCAGAUAUGGGCCCACAUGACAAUGGGUUUGAAGAUGGCCAAAGAGUGAUGCUGCAGUGUGAGUUCUGCAGAAGAGAAGCCCCCUCUCACUCGUUUGUCCGUUCCAAACGCUUCUGCUCCAGUUCCUGUGCUAGGCGGUUCAGUCAUAACAAAAGAUUCCGCCCUGCCAGGCGUAGUGGGAGUCAAGAUGGCCAGCACAGCCCUGGACUCAAACCAACAGAAUCCACCUAUGAGGCUCAGUCGGGCGCAACUGAGCAGUGGCGAGUCCAGCCACCCAGAGGCGACGAGGAGGAGGCCGCUGCCCCCAUGAAGACCCGCCUGCGCCGACACACAGAGCUGGAGCGCGAACGUGAGACCAGAGACGCGUCCGAGGAGGCCAGGAGCGAGCCGUGCUCUCCCCAGGACCCAGCCGCCUCCCCCGACCAGUCCUCGAGGCCCAGGCCCGCUGAGUGGACGGUGGACCAAGUGUGGGAAUUCAUAUCUGCCUUACCAGGCUGUCAGGAGAUUGCGGAGUCAUUCCGAGCUCAGGAGAUCGACGGGCAGGCCCUGCUCCUCCUGACAGAGGAUCACCUGAUGACCGCCAUGAACGUCAAAUUGGGGCCCGCACUCAAGAUCUGCGCCCGCAUCAACUCACUGAAGGAGCACUGAGAGACAGAGAGAGAGAGAGAGAGAGGCAGAGAGGGGUAGGACGGAGGGAUGAAGAAAGGGGCAGAAAUGAGAGAAAAGUUGGGGGGAAAGACAAGUGAAAUGUCAUACAGCAAGAAAAUCCCAUAUAGCCCAGAGCACUUGCCAAUAGAACAGAGCCAUUUUGUGCACUUUAAAAUUGAGAGAUUGCGUUUAAUUCGUCAGAGACAAUUUCCUGUGUGUUUGCAACAAAAAACAAAAAAAAUCAAAUGUUAGACACAAAUUACCUGUGUAUUUAGCAUCUGUCUGGAAGCAUGAUAGCAAUAUAUGGUCAGUAUCCGUUCAAAUAUACAAGAUCAACACAGUCAUAGUAGGAGGGAUUUUUGUGUCCAGCUUUUGUAUGGGGUCUUAUAAUAAGGGUUGUUUUUUAUAUUUUGGACUGAGAAGAAUGGACCAUUCCCUGUGUUACAUAGCAAAGGUUGAGGUGGAAGGCAGUGGUAAUAUUAGUUGCUAGCAUGUCCCCUUUCUAGAUCUUUUCUUAUUGUACUGUAUAUGUGUACAUGUCAUAACAUUGAAGUGUUUUGUGUGUACAAAGUUCCAGUUGUUUUAAGAAGGAUUUGUAAUAUUUAAUAUAUUUGUUUUUGAGGUUGUGGAAGGUACAACACAUGCAUAUAUGGGCGUUUUACAGGGGAAAUCAUUAACAAUACUGUGUUAAGAUUAGACAAAAGGAUUUUAUUAAUCAUUUAUACUGUGCAAACCAAGCCUAAGAAGUAUUGGCUUUAAAACACGUUUAAAGGUAUAUAAGCUUGAAAUGUUUUGUUUUAUGAAAACAGGACAAAUGAGGUGGUGUCCUUAGAGACCUUAAAGCAGUCGUUUUACAAAUGCCGAAACCAUUGAGGCAUUUUAUAGUGUAGUAUCAUGUCAAAGGAUGUUUGUCAUUGUCACAUUACCUUUUCCGUGCCACUUUAAGUAUUUAAUUAAACAGACAUUUUGUUACUGAACCUA